AUGUCCAUCAUUCGCGAGCUACCAGGCCUCCUGGGUGCUGCGCUCGUCAAAUACUGCGUCAUGCUCGGAAGCCUGCAUGCUUCAGGACGUGAGUCGAGGUAAGUCAGAGCGGCGUGCCCAUACUAGGGAGGUCCAGUGUCGCUCACCUCGUCCUCGUCAUUACCGCCUGACAGCACACUUCGACGGCAUCAUUGCUCCAACAACUCGGUUAUCAGCAGCCAAAGAACUGAACAAGGUGUCCAGAAGAUCGGAUUCAGGGCGCAGGAUACGACACUGGCAAGUGGAGACUGA